UCGGGAACGGGUUGCAUUAUUUGACGUAACGCUUUAUCUCUCACCCCACGACGAUGAGUGGCGUCCAACGGCGCUCAGACGCCAACUUCAGCACAAUUCAGUUUAGUCAAAUUUCGCACGGUGAGCGUUUAUGGUGUACUGCCGUAGCAUCAUGAGUGAUUCCGGUUGGAAGAGUGCUGAAUUUUUCAAGGACGUUAUAGUGCGUGAUCUUUCCCUUGAGCCCGACGAUGCCUACACCAUCACCGGUUUCAGCAUCGGCAAGGCAAAUGAAAAAACGGCCGGCUAUAUGUCACUCAUCCAUCGGGUGUGUAUCGAGCUGAAGUUGCAGAAGAGUCCGGCAGAGUCUUGCUCACUGUCGUACAUCGUGAAGGAAAAAUCAGACUCAGCGUUCGGGGGUGAUCUCGUCGAGCUGUUGUCCGUGUUUCCCAAGGAGUGUGAAGUGUACGAGAAGCUUUUACCGGCCUUCGAAUGCUUGUUUGAUGGCCGGGCCCCAGUACGUUUUGGACCGAAAGUGUUUAAAACAAUGUGCAGCACAUCGUGCACCGUGAUCGUUAUGGAGGAUUUAACGCGUAGCCGAUUCUACAUGCGCGAGAAAAGUUUUGGUCUCCCAAUGGCGGACGUACGAGCGGUACUGAAAAAAAUGGCCGCGUUUCAUGCUGCGUCGGUAGUUUACAGGGAAAAUGGUGGUACAGCAUCGAAUCUGUUUUCCGAGAGUGUAUUUGCGGAAAGCACUAUUGAGAUGCUGCGCCGUUACUACGACACAUUGUACAGAGCGUUUCUGAUGAGUUUGCGAGAGCGAAACUUGCCACAAGAAUAUCUCAAACCAUUGGUGGCGCUCGAUGGGAAGUUACUGAGGGAAUGUUGUAAUGCACAGCGCGCAGAUUCAUCGGAAUUCUCUGUCCUAAAUCAUAGUGAUCUGUGGCCGAACAAUGUGAUGUUUGGAGAGGAUGAUCUACGAUUUCUGGAUUUUCAAACGGCGUUCUAUGGAUCGUUUGCCUCGGACCUGCUGUACUUCUUCACCACAUCCGCCACGGAGUUGAUGUGCGAUUCGCUCGAGGAACUGCUACAAUUCUACUACAAACACUUGGUGAGCGCAUUCGAACGGCUGCAGCAUCACAAUCAGAUACCGCCGUACGCUGAUUUGCUCCAGCAGUUGAAACGACGCGGUGUAUUAAUAUUACCACCCCUAUCGGAGGCGGUAGCGAUCACCAUGAAUGGCGAAACGGAACCGUCCGAUAUGGAAGUAAUAACUUCGGAGCAACCGGAAGGUGUUGCGUUACGGCAGCGCGUCUACAAUAAUCCGGUGUACGCGACGCUGGUCGAUUAACUGCUGCCCAAACUGUUUGAAUUUGGAUUGUUCGAUAAAGCCGCUGUUUCCGGAAAUUGACUUCCCGAUUUUAAUAAAUUAUUUAGAUAGACGGUUUUCAAGUA